AUACUUGGGAAAUGUGUGAGGGUAAAUACGGAUUUGGAAGCUUAAGAUAUAAUUGGCAGAACACAAGUAAGAAGGAUUACUGUAGGAGCAUAACUUCUGUUAUGGAACUACAGUCAGAUUGGAUAAAGCACAGAAAGUCGUCUUCAUAUUCUGCUCACGUGGUUCGUUGUGCAACAUCUUUUAUGCCAUGGUCUUGUAGAAUCCCAAUUGGUGAAGGGUAUUAUGAAUUCCUUUAGUUAGUUGUAUUCAUUAAGACAUUUUCACACUGUUUGGUUGAUUGGUCGCCAACAAAAUUUCUCUACGUCUUUGUGGUACGUCAUAUCUGUGUUUGCUAAUUUGAAAAAUGCCUGGUUUUGUGGCUGAAAAGAAGAGAUAUACAGACCCAAAUAUGUGUUUUCCCAAUUUGGCCAACCAUGAUAAACCAACCCCUACAAAAAGCAAUCGUUGUGUGAGGUCUGAGGCUGUAGAUGAUGAUGAAGAUUGUAGUAGCCCCAUUCUACCUGGGCUGCCUGAUGAUGUUUCAAAGCACUGCCUUGCACUUGUGCCUCGUUCUAACUUCCCAUCCAUGGGCGGUGUAAAUAAGAGAUGGAGAGGCUUUAUUCAAAGCAAAGAAUUUAUAACUGUCCGAAAAUUGGCUGGGAUGGACGAGGAAUGGCUCUAUAUCUUAACAGCUGGUAGCAAAGGAAAAGGGAGCCAUUGGGAGGUCAUGGAUUGUCUGGGACAUAAUCGCCGAUCUCUUCCAUCAAUGCCUGGUCCAGCAAAGGCUGGCUUUGGAGUGGUGGUUCUCAAUGGAAAGCUCCUUGUUAUGGCUGGUUGUUCAUCAGUUGACGGAACUGCAUCUGUCUCAGAAGAGGUUUAUCAAUAUGAUUCUUGCCUCAACAGCUGGAGCAGAUUGUCAAAUAUGAAUGUGGCUCGGUAUGACUUUGCUUGUGCUGAAGUGAAUGGCUUAGUUUAUGCUGUUGGAGGCUACGGCGCAAACGGUGAUAGCCUCUCCAGUGCAGAGGUGUAUGAUCCGGAUACCAACAAGUGGACGCCAAUAGAAAGCCUCCGUCGCCCAAGAUGGGGUUGCUUUGCCUGUGGAUUUGAAGGGAAGCUCUAUGUCAUGGGUGGAAGGUCAAGCUUUACAAUUGGAAAUUCCAAGUUUGUUGAUGUGUACAGCCCAGAGAAGCAUGGCUGGUGUGAGAUGAAAAAUGGGUGUGUGAUGGUCACUGCUCAUGCAGUGCUGGGAAAGAAGUUGUUCUGUACGGAGUGGAAAAACCAGCGUAAGUUGGCAAUAUUCAAUCCAGAGGACAAUUCAUGGAAAAUGGUACCAGUCCCUUUGACAGGGAGUUCAAGCAUUGGUUUUCGGUUUGGGAUAUUGGACGAUAAGUUAUUGCUAUUCUCACUGGAGGAGGAGCCUUCAUAUAGGACUUUGUUGUAUGAUCCAAGUGCAGCACCAGGAUCUGAAUGGCAGACUUCUGAUAUAAGACCAUCUGGCUUGUGCUUAUGCAGUGUAACUAUUAGGGCAUGAAAGUUUGUCUGCUUCUGAGUUUAGAGACUUUGAGAGAGAUUUGAACCCUUGCUAUUUUAAUAGGAUUAGAUGUUAAUUUUCUGUUUUUGCUCGUUCCUGGUAGUUUUAUCAUGGAUUGCCAUAUCUCUGAUUUGUGCUUGGACCAUUUCCACAAUUUCACUCAAGAAGUUGCCAUCAACUUUGAGCAGAGCUAGUUUAAAUAAAUUAUGAAAUUAUGGCGAGCAAUUUUUUUUUUUUUUUUUCUGUUGUAUGUCCUUUUGUAAUUGGAAAGUAAUGGUAUGAGAUAUUGAGAGCUACUUAAA